ACCGCCGCGACGAUGGCCGAGGUUGACUCCGACAAAAAUGGAGCCCCGUGCGCGCGCCGCAACUCCGUGAGCGAGAACGGCGAGCAGAAGACGGUGGAGGACCUCGAGGAGGAGCGCGUGAACGAGCUGCUGGCCAAGGGCGCCGAGGACGAGGAGGCGGCCCCGACGAGCGCGCCCGUGCUGCUGCAGGCCGCCGCGCGCGCGGAGGGCUCGGACAGCCUCCUGGAGCAGUCGUCGCGCCCCGCGGCGAAGAAGGCCCAGCUCGACACGCUGCUGGCCAAGGCCGAGCAGUAUUCCGCGUUCAUCGUCAACUCGCAGAUGUCCGCCGCGCAGCCCGAGCCCGAGCCCGAGGCCGGGUCGAAGCGCAAGUCGACGUCCGGCGGCGGGUCGUCGAAGAAGAAGAAGAAGGGCGAGGCCGGCGACGCCGCGGCGGAGAUGGCCGAGGCCCAGGCGAAGAUGAAGGGCGACCGGAACUUGGUCCAGCAGCCGACGGGCAUGACGGGCGGCACGCUCAAGCCCUACCAGGUCGAGGGCCUGCGCUGGCUCGCGACGCUCUUCGAGAACGGUUUGAGCGGCAUCCUCGCCGACGAGAUGGGCCUGGGCAAGACCAUCCAGGUCAUCGCCUUAAUCGCGCACAUCCGCGAGAAGAACGUCAAGGGCCCGAUCUGCGUCGCCGCGCCGCUCGCGACGCUGCCCAACUGGAUGAACGAGUUCAAGAAGUGGGUGCCCGGCAUCAGCGCGCUGCUCUACCACGGCUCGAAGCAGCACCGCGCGGACUUGAGGAAGACGGCCAUGGCGACGUCGCUGCAGAACGAGGAGGACUUCCCGGUGAUCGUCACGUCCUACGAGGUCUGCAUCAUCGACCGCGCGCCCCUGUCCCACUUCAAGUUCAAGUACCUCAUCAUCGACGAGGGCCAGCGCGUCAAGAACCGCGACUGCCGCCUCGUCCGCGAGCUCAAGAAGCUCAACACGGAGAACCGGCUGUUAUUGUCGGGCACGCCGAUCCAGAACACGCUCGAGGAGCUCUGGUCGCUGCUCAACUUCGUGAACCCGCAGAUCUUCGACGACCUCAACGUCUUCCAGUCCUGGUUCGGCUUCCGCAACAUCGGCCAGGAGACGCAGGUCGACGACAUCAUCGACGACGAGUCCAAGGACCGCAUCGUCACGAAGCUCCACGAGAUCCUCCGGCCCUUCCUCCUGCGGCGCGUCAAGAGCGACGUGCUCCGGGGCGUGCUCCCGGACAAGAAGGAGAUCGUCGUCUACGCGCCCAUGACGCCCCUCCAGAAGUCCUACGAGGCGCUGAUCCUGGAGCGGAAGCUCAAGGACUCGCUCAUCGCCGCGGGCAUCCCCGCGACGUCGCACGAGGUCUCGGAGCAGAACAUGCUCAUGAACCAGCGCAAGAACGCGAACCACCCCUUCCUCUUCGGCGAGCCCCGCGACGCCAACGGCGAGUUUAUCGGGGUGGCGACGCCGAAGGCGCUCGUCAACGCCGCGGGCAAGUUCCGGCUGCUCGAGCGGAUCCUGCCCAAGCUCAAGGCGCAGGGCCACAAGGUGCUGCUCUUCUCCCAGAUGACGGAGUUAUUGAACAUCAUCGAGGACUACCUGCGCUGGCGCGAGUGGAACUACUUCCGCAUCGACGGCGGCGUCGAGCUCUCGGAGCGCCAGCGGCAGAUCGACGCCUUCAACGGCGAGGGCCAGGAGUCCAACGAGUACUUCGUCUUCAUGCUGUCGACGCGCGCGGGCGGGUUGGGCAUCAACCUGGCGACGGCGGACACGGUCAUCCUCUUCGACAGCGACUGGAACCCGCACCAGGACGCGCAGGCGAUGGACCGCGCGCACCGCAUCGGCCAGAAGCGCGACGUCGUCGUCUACCGCUUCCUCACGAGCGGCAGCGCGGAGAUCGGCAUGAUGGAGAAGCAGAUCUCCAAGAAGAAGCUCGAGCGCAUGGCCGUCCAGGGCGGCGACUACAACAAGGCGGGCCGCCGGAGCCGCGGGGAGCUCACGACGGACGGCCUCCGGUCGCUGCUCAACGACGACGUCAACAUCGCGCAGCGCAUCGGCGCCGCGGGCGACAACGCCACGGCCGACGAGAUCUCCGAGCAGGAGCUCGACCUCGUCAUGGACCGGGCGAAGAUCUUCUCGCCCGCCGGCAUCCCCACGGAGGGCAAGAUGUACGACGUCGUCUCGUCGCAGGCCGGCCCGGGCCUCCUCUCGAACCUCGACACCUAGGCGGCGGCUCGGAACGAGCAUGCCCCGCCGCCCCCCAAGCACCCGCGAGAGACGCGCGCGCCCCCCUGCGUAUAGCGAGCCUAGGAGCC